AUGCCUCACUGUGUUUUUGUUUGCCUCCAGUGCGCGUGCACGCGUGAGCAGGACGCGAAGGGGGCGUUUCUUUUUUUUUCUUUUUUUUUUGCGUGGGUGCUUGGAAUUGUUUGCCGCCCCGUCGUGGACGUUGGGCGCGUCCCGGCGGGGGAGGCGUGCGAGGAGGACGGCAACGGAGACAAGGCAAAGAUACCAAGUGGCUAUGGCAGAAAUAGAGAGAAUCACGAGAGCGACAUUGUGCGCGCUUUCGUGAUGCAACCCUUGUCUCUUUUCAACGUGCAGGCUCACUGCUUACUUCUCCUUUUUUUUAACCUCUUAUUUUGUUUUCUGCUGAGGCUUCUCUCUGCCGUCACGGCCCGCAGUUUGCGCAGCAUCCGCGGCUCUUAG